CAUUCGGUCACCUCACACAACCCCUAAAACGAAGCCGAGGGAGGCGGCUUCCCAGGAGUGACAUCGCCGGCCGGCGCUCCCGGGACCCCCUCACCUCUCUUGUCCAGGAGCCACAUGAACGCGAAGCAGGGCAUGAAGCCGAUGGGCCCCCAGAGCACGAGGAGCGCGAUGUCCCAGCUAGAGAAGCCGUAGGCCUGGCGCGCCGAGUUCUGGAUGGGGCCCCAGGUGUUCCAGACCAGGCCCUGCACGAACCCCAGCAACGAAAAGAGCAGCAGCACCAGCCAGCGGCGCCCGUACACCCUCCCGGGACUCGGGGCUGCCGCGGGCAGUACCGCCGCCGCCGCCGCCGCCGCCUCCCCCCUGCUUCUCCAAGCAGCCCCCGGCGCAGGCCCGAGCCCGGGUCCCAGCAGCGGUUGCCGCUCCUCCUCGCUGCUCCAGCUCGAGCCCAUUACGACGCGCGGCCCGCGGGGCCGCUGCCCAGCGCGGAUACUGUCAGAGAAGGUGGACGCCGAGGUUGCUUUGGUCGCCCUCGGCCUCGCGGCCGCGUUGCUGCGCCUGCGCCGCGCGAGCCGGCCCCGGUCCGGGAGGCGGGGCAGGUGCGACUGGCGAGGAGGGGGCUGGGGUGCGGGAGCCGGGCUAGCCUCUCGCCGGGUGGUGGAGAGGAAACCUCGGCGAGAGAGGGAGUGGAGCCGGUGUCCCAGAGCGGGGACCGGGAGGAAUUGGGAAGGCAGGGAGGAGCGCCGCUGAGCCCGAGGAAAAGGAAACUCCCGGAGGGGCUGUAGUACAGGAGGCUGGGCUAGGAACCCGGGAUUGCUGGGGGAAGUGUCCAAGUUUACGUCCUGUGCCUAAUAACUCGGAGAUCUCCAAUCACUUAAGCCAUAUAUUGCUUGCUUAUAUAUUGGGUUUAUUCUCAUUUCUGUUGGGUUUAUAACUUCAUAAAUUAGAGAGGGAGAUAGGAUAAGAUUUAGGCGUAGUAGGGAACCCAGAGGAUUGCCGCAUGAAAAUCAUUUGUUUUUUAUGUACAGUAAGUACAGCCUUGUUUAAUCAGCCAUUUUUUGUGUGCUUUACAUACCCAAUGAGGAAAUUAAAAACGAGUCAAUUUCAUUCAUGUAUAUAUACGAUAUAGAUCUCUUUCUACUCUUUUGCCUGUUAUUAAUAGAAAAGCAAUAAAGAUAUUUUGAUUAAAGCUGGAGGAUUUUUGCCCCCAAAUGACCUAGAUUCAUCUCCAGUUAUUAUGAUUUUGACUACACGAAGAGUAAACGGGAAGAGUGGAGGUUGUCGAUCUCUUGACCAAGCAACCGGUUAUUUUGAUACACAAAUCCAAAAGCCUGACAGCUGUCGGUUAGUGUCCUUGAAAACCUAAGUCAAGCGAUUUGGCUUGUUUUGGUCGGGAAAUGAGUCACAGGCAACUCAAUUAAAGAGCAUGUGCCUGAGGUUCACAUUGCCCGGUAGCCACGAAAACCAGGUGGAGUCAUUUUGCUGCCAGAAGGGCAAGAGAGUCGGGAAGAGAAGGGGAAGAGAAGCGUGAGCUCUCCUGGUAUCCAAGGCUAAGAGCGACUGCAGAGUAAGCAAACGCAGAGCCACUUCCCACUGCUCCGAGCCCCACAAAAAAGCAAACCAUUCCCUAAAACUCCAAUACUGUUGGGAGGAAGAAAGCGCCAAGGCGAAAAGGAAUGACUGGAGGAAAACCGAAAAAGAAGCCAGGAAAAGUCUACACCGGAAGACGAUUACUGUCUGGGGAAAAUAAAAACCACCACAACCGCGAUCACGUGCUUACAUUUCCACCACUCAAGAAUCAAAAUAAACCGCGUGGCCCCGCCCAGUUCCCGUCACGUGACUUUCACGCUCGUGCCGCUUCCGGAAGAGUCUGGUAGCAACCGCUGCGACUCUUUCCUGUGCUGCGGCUUUAGACCCCGGGUUUUGGCCUCUCUCUGAUCCGGCUCCCGCUCCACUUCACUUUUGGGUUCGGGUGGAGCCCGUGUAGUGAUCUCCAUGGCAGCAGACUCCGGGGCGAUCACUAAGGAGGACUCUGAAUCUGGAGAGGAAGAAGGUAAACAUGUCAAACCUUUUACACCAGAGAAAGCGAAAGAAAUUAUAAUGUCUUUACAACAACCUGCAGUCUUCUGUAACAUGGUUUUUGAUUGGCCAGCCCAACACUGGACUGCAAAACAUCUUUCUGAGGUCCUUCAGGGCAAGCAGAUACGAUUCAGGAUGGGAACGAAACACACAGAUACAGCUCCUCAGUUUGAAACCACAUGUAGUUACGUAGAAGCUACACUUGAAGAGUUUCUGACCUGGAACUGUGACCUAUCUAGUAUUUCUGGACCAUUUAGAGACUAUGAUCAUUCCAAAUUCUGGGCUUAUGCGGACUAUAAGUAUCUUGUCAGUUUAUUUGAAGAUAAGACAGAUAUUUUCCAGGAUGUGAUAUGGUCUGACUUUGGGUUUCCUGGAAGAAAUGGACAGGAAAGUACGUUGUGGAUCGGCUCCAUGGGGGCCCAUACACCCUGUCAUCUGGACACCUAUGGUUGCAACCUAGUAUUCCAGGUACAAGGAAGGAAAAGAUGGCAUCUCUUUCCUCCUGAAGAUACUCCUUUCCUUUAUCCAACUAGAAUCCCUUAUGAAGAAUCUAGUGUGUUCAGUAAAAUCAAUGUUGUCAAUCCUGAUUUAAAACGUUUUCCUCAGUUCUGGAAGGCUCGAAGACAUAUGGUUACCCUGAGCCCCGGACAGGUUCUGUUUGUCCCCAGACACUGGUGGCAUUAUGUGGAAUCCAUUGAUCCUGUCACUGUCAGUAUAAACUCAUGGAUUGAGCUGGAAGAGGACCACCAAGCCCGGGUAGAAGAGGCAAUCACCCGCAUGCUUGUGUGUGCCCUGAAAACUGCAGAGAAUCCACAUGAUACCAGAACUUGGUUAAACCCAACUGAGGUUGAGGAAACAUCCCAUGAAGUCAAUUGUCACUACUUAAAUGGAGCCGUUUCUGCUUUUUUUGAUCAUUAUGGAACAUCUAAGGUAGUAGAAACCCAAGCACUGAGCACAAACGGAGAGUACGUGAUAAAGGAAGAAUUAAAUGUGCACAACCACGUGGAGGUAGAACAAACUAGUAGCCACAGCUUAACCUUGGGAACAGUAAAGCAGGAAGCAGCAAGUCCCUUUGGUCCUGAUCUGGUUCCUGUGAUACCAGGUUCCCAAGAACCACCCUCAGAAAGAGGAGGCAUGUUUGAAAGUGAUGGUGAAGACUUUGUUGACAAAAAUGGAAAACACUUUGGAAAAUUGCAUUAUACCAAGAGACAACGAAUGAUGAGUGAAAGUGAGAAUGCAGUAGUGGAACAAAUUGCUUCAAAUAGUACUGUGGCCCCUUCCCAGACAUUCAUUUCUACAGAUGACUUGCUGGAUUGCUUGGUAAAUCCACAGGUAACCAGGAUAGUGGCACAACUUUUGAUUCAAAGAAGAAGUUUGCAACUCUAAUAGAAAAUGACUUUUUCAAUAAUAUUUUAAGAAUAUUUUAAAAAUAAUAUAGUUUUAAAAUAAAAGAUGAAAUGGCAAAAGGUCAAUUUGCAUAUGCUUAUAAAUGUCCUGUUCUCACCUAAUUAACAUUUUAGUCUCUUGCCACCUUCUUGCAUACACAUUGCUCUUUGGACAACCUGGCUCUUUGUUAUUGGUAGGCCUCUUUCUUCAGUGCCUUUGCCUUUCCUUACCUAUCUCAUCCGCCUAUCUCAAAUGUAAGCCCCUAGUGUUCUCACCAAGAUAUAGUCUCUCCAUCAUCAGGGGUCACCUGCUGCUUGCUUUUGAAA